CACAGGCUUCUGCUUGGGCCUUUGACUAUGGUCUAAUUUAAACCACUGCUGCAUGAAGACCGAAACAAUUUGAAUCAGUGUGUACAGACUUGCUAUAGUAGGGUGAGGUGUGUGGCUGACCUAAGUCCACAUAACUUGAAGGAGUUGCUUGGUCUUGUGCCUGAAGCUCGUGCAGGGAGCCCCCGGGGGUGUAGGGUGGAUACUGUACACCCGUUUCUGCAAAGUUUCCACCCUGUCUUUCCGCUGGUAACCCUGGCUGGCUGCCUGUUGUCUUCGCAGUAGGUGAUGUAAGGCCACGGCGUGAGGAGUGACAUACUGUACAAUACAUCGUGAGGAAAGCCAGACAUAUUGGCUGCACUCACACUGUGCUCAAAUCCAAAUCACUGCUGCCUGAGAUCCAAUUUUCUUUAAAGCACGUGGAAACCUUGUAUUUUAAGCUCGUUUUGUGUUCAAGUUGUGAUCCGUUUCUGACACCAGUCAGAACAAAUCACACACCUGAAUUGACUCGCAAAGAAACUGUCACAAAAACUUCACACCCGAAGUGCUCACGCAGAAGAGAGGGGGAGGACUGAGCGAGCGAGUGAUCGUCCGAGUGACCGACAGCCCAACCGACAGACAGACAGAUUGAAUGAAGCUGCACCUGGUGCUUCUGAGGGCCUUUUCCAUGUUUUGAUUUGCUCCAUUUUUUACUUUCAAAACUUGGUUUCACCGAGCCGCUCCCUGCCAUGCCGUCCAACAGUCCUGCAGCUGCCGAGCCGCCCCAGACACCAGAGAAUGAAACAGCCAAAAAUGUGGGUGAAGAUGGAGCAGACCAGGACAGUCCGGAGGAGGGGACGCCAGCGAGCCCCCGCAACAAGCGCAGAGUGGGUCGUCCUGGCAGGAAACGCAAACAGCUGCUUCCUGAGAUGGCGACCUCUGACCCUUGUGCAAACGCCCCCCCAACCCCACCUGAAGAGCCGGAGCCCUCCCCCUCCCCUCGUAAGAAGCGCGGGCGUCGGAAACUAGAGCAAACCGAGAAGAAUAAGGACGAGCCAGAUGACAGAAACUGCGACUCCCCCAGAGAGAAAGAGACUGGGAGGCUGCGGAGGAGGCCAGUCCCCAGAGUCACUUUCCAGGCUGGAGAUCCGUACUACAUCAGCAGGAGACAGAGAGAAGAAUGGCUCAGCCGCUGGAAGAUAGAGGCAGAGCGACGGGCGUACAGAGAGGCAGAGAUGAACAUGAUGGACGACCUAUCAGAGGGUGACUUUCACAAAGAGGAGGAGCCAGCCAGCCCAGCACCUCCCCCUUCACAACAACACACAGACCCCGCCUCUCCAACAGUCGCUGUGACACCAGAGCCGGUUGCAAGUGGAGAACAGGCCACACCCAGCGAGGUAGAGUACCAGGAUGGCAGGGGCUUCGGCAUCGGCACUCUGGUGUUUGGGAAGCUGCGAGGUUUCUCAUGGUGGCCCGGAAGGAUCGUUUCCUGGUGGAUGAGCGGCCGAAGUCGAGCUGCAGAUGGAACUCGCUGGGUGAUGUGGUUUGGAGACGGCAAGUUCUCUGUGCAGAGUCACAGAAGAUGCUCAGAAAGGGGACCCAAAGUCCUUCCACAAAGAGUUUGUGUGGAGAAGCUGAUGCCUCUGAGCUCUUUCUCAUCUGCCUUCCACCAGCCCACCUACAACAAACAGUCCAUGUAUCGGAAAGCCAUCUUUGAGGCUCUGCAGGUGGCCAGUGUACGAGCUGGAAGGCCAGUUCCUUCCUGUGAUGCAAGCGAUGAUGCAGAUGGCGUAGAGAUUCAAACCAGACAGAUGAUAGAGUGGGCCAUGACUGGCUUCCUUCCCAGUGGUCCACAAUCACUGGACCCUCCAGAGGGUGAGAAAAAUACUUAUAAGGAAGUGUACCCAGAGAUGUGGGCAGAACCUGAGGCAGCGUACACGCCUCCACCUGCCAAGAAACCGCGCAAGAACGCAGCUGAAAAAGCAAAGAUCAGAGAGGUGAUCGACGAAGGGACCAGAGAGAGACUCAUAUUUGAGAUAAAAAAGAAGACCAGGAACAUAGAAGAUAUCUGCAUCUCCUGUGGAAGCCUCAACGUCUCUCUGGAGCAUCCUCUCUUCGGGGGAGCAAUGUGCCAGGGUUGCAAGAACUCAUUCCUGGAGUGUGCCUACCAGUACGACGACGACGGCUACCAGUCCUACUGCACCAUCUGCUGUGGAGGCAGGGAAGUGCUCAUGUGUGGCAACAACAACUGCUGUAGGUGUUUCUGUGUGGAGUGUGUGGAUCUUUUAGUAGGCGCCGGCUCGGCGGCAGCAGCCAUCAAAGAAGACCCCUGGAACUGUUAUAUGUGUGGGUCCCGGAGCACCUACGGGUUACUGCGGCGAAGGGACGACUGGCCCUGCAGACUACAGCACUUCUUUGCCAACAACCAUGAACAGGAAUUCGAGCCAGCCAAGUUAUAUCCUCCUGUCGCAGCAGAGAAGAGGAAACCAAUCAGAGUUCUCUCCCUGUUUGACGGCAUUGCUACAGGUCUGUUGGUGCUGAAGGAUUUGGGCAUCCAGGUUGACAAGUACGUGGCGUCUGAGGUAUGUGAAGACUCCAUCACUGUCGGCAUGGUUCGACACCACGGUCGCAUCAUGUACGUGGGUGACGUACGCAACGUAACACACAAACAUAUCGAAGAGUGGGGACCAUUUGACCUGGUGAUAGGAGGAAGUCCCUGCAACGACCUCUCUAUCGUCAACCCUGCAAGAAAAGGCCUUUACGAAGGAACCGGCCGCUUGUUUUUCGAGUUUUACCGUCUGCUGCACGAGGCUCGACCAAAGCCGGGAGAUGAGCGGCCGUUCUUCUGGCUGUUUGAGAACGUGGUCGCUAUGGGAGUUAGCGACAAACGGGACAUCUCCCGAUUUUUAGAGUGUAACCCAGUGAUGAUUGAUGCCAAGGAGGUCUCUGCCGCCCACCGCGCUCGCUAUUUCUGGGGAAACCUGCCAGGCAUGUCCAGACCUUUGUCUCCCAUGACGAAUGACAAGCUUGACUUACAAGAGUGCCUCGAGCACGGACGCACAGCCAAGUUUGAGAAGUUGCGUACGAUAACGACACGCUCCAACUCUGUGAAGCAGGGGAAAGACGAGCAUUUCCCCGUCUUCAUGGACAACAAGGAGGACAUCCUCUGGUGUACCGAGAUGGAAAGAGUGUUUGGUUUCCCCGUCCACUACACCGACGUGUCCAACAUGAGUCGUCUGGCCAGGCAAAGGCUGCUGGGGCGUUCCUGGAGCGUCCCCGUCAUCAGGCACCUCUUCGCCCCACUCAAGGAGUACUUUGCCUGCAACUAGUCACACACCACCUACUCUCUCUCCCACACACACACAUACAAACAUACACAAACAGUAUGUAAUGACAGACACACACAGAUAACUACACACAGUAUACAGCUAGUACAUGAAGGUUGGCUGACGCAGGAUGACGCAGAUGACCGGACAUACACACAUACACAUACACACACACACACACACACACACAAUGUAAAGGACUGCUUCCCUAGAUCCCAUGUAGACCACUGGCUGACCUUAGUCCCCUGGUGCUACCUUGAUUUUCACACACACACAAACACACAUUGGUGCACACACAAACUUCCUGUCCAACCUUGAAACUGGUGUCUUCUGGCUUUACUGUGUCAUAGUAGCUGGAAUUCAAACCUCCAGAGGGUGCAAAAGUUUUCUGUUUUUAACACCUCUCUAAAAACAUCACACCAAUGAAUCCCUCUGAACCGUAACACUUAACUGUAUUCGUGCGUAAUGACAGUGCUGCUGGUGUAUUACCGUGCAAUGAACACAAAUAUACAAACAAACACACACACCAGUUAAUGCUCGUGGUGCUGGUCAGGCAGUGUUAGAGUCCAAAUGGUGCCACUUUAAUACAACACUUUUAAAGUUUUUGGUGCUCUUGGAGACUGAACGGUCUCCGGUUGUUUCAGUCGCUACAGUUUUGUGUCCCCAAGUGAGUAAAACCAAAUGCUUACAAGCAGGUGGAGGCACGAGAGGGCCAUUUUUAAGAUCUAUUAUUGUGUCAGAUUUAGUCAGAGUGUGCAAGGGAAAAAACGCAAGUCAGCUGUGUUGAGAUAGAUUCACGUGAAGCCUUUUUUAACGUGACUACAACUAAAUUAGAUUGUUAAAGCUGCUCUGGAGGCACACAUAAUUGUAAUAGUUGAGUUAAACCUCACUGAUCCGAGCCAAAAUAACACCAAGGUCUUCAUCUUCUCCUGAGGAAGACCAGUUGUGGCUGAAAUGUUGUCAGUGAUUCCUGCAAUAUGAAAUACUGAAAUAAAAGAGUGAUUUUGGGGGGGGGGG